AUGCGAGCCCACAUGCCCGGGGCGGGUGGCACAGCUCUCCAGGAGGCAGGGACCUGCUCACAACCCAGACCAGACUGGAGCAACCCCAGAGCUCCCUCCCAGGCUUUGAGCUGCAGCAUCUUCCCCUCCAGGAUGGCCCCAGCAGCCAGAGGAGCUGGUGCUGCCCCACAGCAGGAUGGGGGGGAUGUCACCUGCCCGCUGCUCUUCAUCCAGCUCAACCAACUCCUCAGUACCCCACAGGGACUGGAGUGGAGGGAGAUGGCCAGGUGGAUAAAGUUCGAGGAGAAGGUGGAGGAUGGUGGGGAGCGCUGGAGUGCACCCCACGUGCCAGCCCUCCCCCUGCACAGCCUCUUCCAGCUGAGGACAUGCCUGCAAAAGGGGACGGUGCUCCUGGAUCUGGAUGCCGCCAGUUUCAAGGAAAUAAUCGACAAGGUGCUUUCUGGGCAUCCCGAGGAAGCAGAGCUGCAUCCUGCAUUGAGGGAACGCCUGACAGCCCUCCUGCUCCUCCAGCCACGGCACCAGCCCACAAAAUCCCUGCUACAGCUCCUCGCCGAGCUCACCCUCUCUCCCUGCCGAGGGAAGGCCAAAGGCAAGUCUGAGCCCAGAGCCCAGCUCUCCAAAACGCCUCUUAAGGAGCAGCUGAGAAACCGCUUUAGGAAGAAGGUCCCCCCGGGAGCUGAAGCUGCCCACGUUGCUGUGGGUGAAGUGGAAUUCCUGGAGAAGCCCGUCUCUGCCUUCAUUCGCCUCAGGCACGGGGUGUCCCUCGGCUCAUUGGCUGAAGUUGCUCUCCCCAGCAGGUUCCUCUUCAUCCUGCUGGGUCCCCCCAAAGUGAAAGCCUACCACGAGGUUGGCAGGGCCAUGGCCACGCUGCUGAUGGAUGAGCUCUUCCAAAGGGUUGCCUGGCAGGCUGAGCACCGAGAGGACCUCAUCACAGGGAUGGAGGCGUUCCUGGAUGAGCUGAUUGUGCUUCCUCCUGGGAAAUGGGACCCCAGUGCCCGAAUUCCUCCGCCGAGCUCUCUGUCAUCUCCGUGCAGGAGGUGGGCUGAGGGGAGGGCACCCCAACCUCUGCCAGCCCCUCUGCAGGGUCCGGGGGGGCACACCCCCACCUCUGGGGACAGAGCCAGCCCAGGGCACCCACGCUCUGGGGAGGAGCUGGAGAGGACGGGCAGGCUUUUCGGGGGGCUGCUGCGCGACAUCCGCAGGAAGGCACCGUGGUACUGCAGUGACUUCUCCGACGCCCUGCACCCCCAGUGCCUCUCGGCAGUGCUCUACAUCUACCUGGCCACGGUCACCAACGCCAUCACCUUUGGGGGCAUGCUGGGGGAUGCCACUGCCAACAUGCAGGGGGUGCUGGAGAGCUUCCUGGGCACGGCCUUUGCUGGCUUCAUCUUCUGCCUCUUUUCGGGCCAACCCCUGACCAUCCUGAGCAGCACCGGCCCCGUGCUGGUCUUCGAGCGCCUCCUCUUCUCCUUCAGCCAGUGAGCGGGUCGGGACCUACUGCGAGUCCGCCUCUGGAUUGGUUGCUGGUGGGCCACUGAGGCAGGUCACUGGUGAAGGCACUUCACCCGCUUCACCGAGGAAGGCUUCUGUGCACUCAUCAGCCUGAUAUUCAUCUACGACUCCCUGAAGAAGAUGCUGAGCCUGGCAGAUGCCUUCCCCAUCAACUGGCAGUACCGGCUGGACAACGUCACCUCCUACAGCUGCACCUGCAACUUGUCCAGCCCCGGUCACAGCUCUGCAGGGAAUGACACACUGCUGCCCUCGCCCCUGCUCCCCCCACAGCCUCCCGUCACCCCAGAGGGGCUGAGCAGGACCCAGUGCCUGGACCGAGGCGGGCACCUCCUGGGCACCAGCUGUCAGUACGUGCCCGAUGUCACCCUCAUCUCCUUCCUGCUCUUUGGGGGCACCUUCCUCUCCUGCGCCGCCCUCAAGCGCUUCAGGAGCAGCCGCUACUUCCCUGCUGGCGUGCGGAAGCUGGUGAGCGACUUUGCCAUCAUCCUGGCCAUCCUCGCCUCCUGCGCCGUCGAUGCCGCCCUGGGCCUGGAGACCCCCAAGCUCCUUGUUCCCAGCGAGCUGAAGGUGCUGGCAGGGCACAUGCCCAGCUCCUGGCUUGUGGUGUCCAAGAGCAACCCCCUGCUCUGCUACAGCCAGGAUGUCCUUGUAGGGAAUGUGGUCCUGAUGGGAGUCUCCGUCUUCAUGGCCCCCGUGCUCAAGCACAUCCCGAUGCCGGUGCUGUACGGGGUGUUCCUGCACAUGGGGGUGGCGGCGCUGAACAGCAUCCAGCUCCUGGACCGUGUGCGGCUGCUCCUGAUCCCGGCCAAGCACCAGCCAGACCUCCCCUACCUCCGCCACGUCCCCCUGCGCCGGGUGCACCUCUUCACCGUCAUCCAGCUGCUCUGCCUGGCCCUGCUCUGGGUCCUCAAGUCCACCACGGCCGCGAUUAUUUUCCCGGUGAUGCGCAUGAAAUCAAUUGAUUUGGAGUUUUGGGGGGUGUGGAGGGGCGUGUUUGCACUAUUUGAACAUUUGUACAUGAAGAUAUAA